GGGAAAAUAGACAAUGUUUACAAUAAAUGUGUACGCGUAACACCCUCAUUAUUAUAUAAAAAAAAAUGUCAAGACACGUCAAGAUUCCCCAAAAGAAUUGUCUAAUUCAUUCUGGAUUCGAUUACUUCAUACGUGAUUCACGACUUUUGUUGCUUUCUGAUAUUUCUAAUGAUUGUCCUAAAUUUUAAUUUAUUAAUAUUAAAGCAAAAAGAUGGCCCUGAGGUUAGGGUUGCGUCUUAAUUACAUUAUUUACAUAACACAGACAUAUUCGUGUAUAUAUGUGUGUGUGUUCAAUGUUUCUAUGAAAUGAAAUCUUUUGCAGAAUUUCUUUUUUUAUCAUGUUGAAUGAAAUAAGAGCUGUCUUUUAUUCAUGGUUGCCUUCUUGCAGAUCUUCAUACAUAUUUUAUAUUGAUUGAAGAAGAAGCAAAAACUAUCACUUUUCUCAGGUCAGGUUAUUAGUUGAAACAAUGAUUUCUUAGAGAUUUUUUUUAGUAAUAAGAAGAAUCAGCAGAAGAGGAUAAAAAAAGAAGAUGGGGGUGUGGACAUUAUUUGAAGUGGCAUCGAUGCCCAUACUGCAAGUUUUGAUUAUUAGUGUAUUGGGAGCUUUGAUAGCCACUGAUUAUUUCAAGCUACUUCCUGCUGAUGCUCGAAGAUCCCUCAACAGGAUAGUGUUUGUGGUUUUUACACCGUCGCUCAUUUUCGCAAGCCUAGCGGAAACCGUGACCAUACAAGACAUCAUUUCAUGGUGGUUUAUGCCCAUUAAUAUUGGGUUAACCUUUGUAUUUGGGGGAUUUCUUGGAUGGAUUGCAGUGAAGGUACUGAAACCAAAACCACAUUUAGAAGGCCUCAUCAUUGCUUCAUGUUCCUCUGGAAACUUGGGAAACCUUCUCUUGAUCGUCGUUCCUGCAAUCUGCGAUGAGGAUGGAAGCCCCUUUGGUGAUAAAUCAGUUUGUUCUACUCAUGGUUUGUCAUAUGCCUCCUUCUCAAUGGCGCUUGGAGGUUUCUACAUAUGGACUUACACUUACCAAUUAAUUAGAAGCUCCUCUGUGAGGCUAAAAGCACAGCUAGCAGCUGAAGUCAGUGAGUUGCUGAAGGAACCAAACAAAGACUUAGAUGCAAAUGAGAAUUCUUCCCUCUUAGAAAAUGAAGCUCAAGAACAUCUCCCUAUUAGUGCUGUACCAACAAAGUCAACUGCAAAUGACCUGGAAAACCCCAGCAAGGCUGAACCAGAAGUUGCAAAUUUCAAGCCGGGAAAGAAAGAGGGUGCAUCAUUCUUGAGUGAAGUUGUCGCGGUUUUGCACUCAAUUCUGGAGGAGUUAAUGGCACCUCCAACUGUUGGCGCUGUUUUAGGUUUUCUAUUCGGGGCAGUAACAUGUCUGAGAAACCUAAUAAUCGGUGAUAGUGCUCCUCUCAGAGCCAUACAAGACUCUGUCAAACUACUGGGGAAUGCAACUAUCCCAUGCAUCACCCUUAUCCUAGGUGGCAACCUCAGUCAAGGUUUACGCAACGCUAAAAUCUCACCAUUAGUCAUCACAGCAGUUUUGUGUGUACGAUAUAUCUUGAGUCCUCUGAUUGGGAUUGGCAUUGUUAAUGCUGCCUCCAACAUCGGUUUCCUUCCGGCCGAUCCGCUGUUUCACUUUGUACUGAUGCUUCAGUUUACCCUCCCACCGGCUAUGAAUAUCGGAACGAUGACGCAAUUGUUUGAUGUGGCACAAGAGGAAUGUUCAGUGCUUUUCUUGUGGACGUAUUUGGCUGCAACAGUUGCACUUACUUUGUGGUCAAUGGUGUUCAUGUGGAUCCUGUCUUAAUAACUAGCAGUUGAGAUCAUUUCUUCUGUUCACCGACAUCCUUCCAUUUUUCCUGCUUCGCUAUAUUUAUACACAUACAUUCUUUAUAAAGCAUUCUCCGGAGAAAGAGCUGCUUUAACAUCACUUGAAAUGGGCAAGUCUCAGAAUGCAAGAAUAAGCUGUUAUGCUUUUUUUGUUAGGGGUUUGUAGCAAAUAUUUGUUUCAUAUUGCUAAAGGGUACAGGGUUGUUUCAUAUUCCAUCAAGUUCAGUGUAAAAGCCAAAUUUGUUAAUUACUUAAAAACAUGUAAAUGAUGAAUGAAAUAUUCGAGUGAUUGCCCAGUUCCAAAAAAUCCAGCCGUAUUUUGUCUGAUUUCACUCGGGUGUAGGGGCUGAUUCUUGAAUAUAAUGUCAAUGAG